AUGGACCAACCGCCAGAACAGAUCCAAUCAGAGCUGGAGAGCUUCAGAGAGCAAUGGCGAGCAGAAGUAUCAGCUCGGUCUAGGAAUCCGGGCCCUUCACAGCAACCACAGGGGCCAUCACUCCAAUCCGGGUCGUCUUCAUCGAGCAAGCCUCACCUCAAGAGGGGCGAGCCCUCGCACAGGAAGACAACUUCCAAGAUCCCCAGCCAACCAGAGGUUGACGACGAAUUUGUGGCAGCUCCGUCAUUCGAUGAGCCGGACACUAGCAGGGCUAGGGGAGGACAAAGGCUCGAUGGAGAAGAUGCUAUCUCAAAGGAGAAAGAGAACGAACCAAAGACAGCCCUCGACUACUACGAGCAUGCCGUCGAGAGGGAGACCACCGGCAAGCUCGGUGACAGUCUCCAGCUCUAUCGGCAAGCCUUCCGCAUGGAUGACAACGUCGACCGAGCUUACAGAGACAAGCACUUCCCGGGACGUUGGAAACCGGCUGCUCAGACCAACCCGUCCAACGCGGCCGUGACGGUCCCCAACACCGCCCAUCAUUCCCCAGCACCAGGCCCCGCUUUGUCACUGCCCGACCUCAUCGCCAGCUUCGCGAGUCUCAAAGUCGAGGGCGUACCGCCUGAAUGCAACGGCAUGCCACCGCCGCCAUGUCCCAUAAGCAAAGUCCCCGACGAGAUCCUGGUGCACAUCCUCCGGGACGUAGCCGUAGCCGACGUGGGUGAUUUCGUCCGGCUCUCCCAGGUCUGUAAGAGGCUUGCUUAUCUGGUAGCCACGGAAAAUCAGAUAUGGCGCCGAGUUUGUGUCGGAACCGAGUUCGGGUUUGGUGGUAUGCGCCACCACUGGCAACGCAGUAUCACCUGGGAGCCCCUCGACACCACGCAAGACCUUGCCGACUCAGCAGACGCGGACGACGCAGAAGACGAGAUCUUGACCCCUGAACUACUCACGCAGCGUCGAGCCGCCGCAUCCCUGGCGACGACAACCGCCCUGCUCCACAGCACAUACAAGACCUCCUGGCGUACCAUGUUCCGGCAGCGGCCACGCGUGCGCUUCAACGGCUGCUACAUCAGCACGGUGAACUACAUCCGCGCGGGACAGCACACGGGACAGCACCUGGCGUGGGGCAGCCCCGUGCACAUCGUGACCUACUACCGGUACCUGCGGGUCUUCCGUGACGGGUCGGCUAUCAGCUUGCUGACGACCGACGAGCCCGCCCACGUCGUGCACCACCUGACGCGCGAGAACCUGACGCUCCACCGUGGUGGUGGCGCGCCGCAUCUGCCGUCUGCUGUCAUGGCGUCGGCGCUGAAGGGGCGGUGGCGGAUGUCGUCGAUGCUGGACCGCGCGGACACCCCCACCACCAGCAGCAACAACACCAACAACGCCAACAACGCCAACAACGCCAACAACGCCAACCCAAGCAACCCAAGCGACGCCAAGGUGGUGGCCAACCCAGCCGAUGCAGAAGGCGACCUCUUCGUCGAGACCGAGGGCGUGGUCUCCAACUACCUGUACCGCAUGGAGCUGUCACUGAAGAGCGCGGGCAAGGCCACGGCGCGGAACAACAAACUGGUCUGGAAGGGGUUCUGGAGCUACAACAAGCUGACCGACGACUGGGCCGAGUUCCUGCUCAAGAACGACAAGCCCUUUUUCUUCAGUCGGGUGAAGAGCUAUGGUCUCGGUGAGUAG